AUGGCUCUGAAGCAAAAUGGUAGAGCUCAUUUGAGCAGCGACAUCGAUUUUAUCCAGACUCCUAAAGCGCCCGUUGAUACCCUGUCAACCGGCGAAAACCCUGGUGUUCCAUUAACCAACUACCCCGCCAUAAAAAAUGCUCCUCUACCUGCUGAUGGCCCCGGAUACGAACAAUGGUCCAAUACCUUCCUCGCCGCUGCACUUAUUGGCAUUCCUCAAUGGCUAUCAUGGAAAUUGGGAGGCGGCUUCAAAACGGCUCUUUUCCUCUCUAUAUUUACCACGAUACCCGUUCUGGUCGUGAUCUGGACAUUCAUGUCUCGUUACAGUCCCCGUAUCAAUCACGAAGUCACACUACCUGGUCGACCUAUCGAGUUCUACCUCACCUUCAAAAGCGAUGCACACCGCGCGCGAUGGACAGGGAGACACAAGAUACCAAUGGCCACAUUCUUCGAGUUAUACUUCACAAACCAAGUCGAUCUCAAUGGUGAUGCGCUCGAGGUUUUUGAAUAUCGGCAUGAUUGGGCGACAUUCAAUUUCACCAGUGAAACAUUUCGGUACCUCUUGUUAAACUUCUUCCCCGAUGUUGUACUCCAUCUUCGGUCACAGGACGAAGAGCAGGUACGCACUAACUAUGACAGCGGAAAUGACCACUAUGCUUGGUUUCUAGGCCCUCGCAUGAUCUAUACUUCUGGUAUCAUCUCAGAUCCCACUCGGGAGGAAACUCUAGAGGAGAUGCAAGACAACAAGCUUGCUAUUGUGUGCGAAAAGAUUGACCUGAAAGAAGGAGACACACUUCUCGAUAUUGGCUGCGGCUGGGGUACCUUGGCCAAAUUUGCAAGUCUCAACUACGGCGCCAAUGUCACAGGUGUCACCCUCGCUCGCAACCAAGUCAAGUGGGGAAACGAUGCCCUUCAAAAAGCCGGUGUGCCAGAGGAGCAGAGCAGGAUUCUAUGCUGUGACUAUCGUGAUAUUCCUGAAGAACAAAAGUUCAAUAAGAUCACACAGUUGGAGAUGGCGGAGCAUGUAGGCGUUCGACGUCUGACGGGCUUCUUCCGACAGUGUUACGAGAUGCUCGAGAACGAUGGAUCCAUGUACGUCCAGGUUUCGGGGUUCAGGAAGGCGUGGCAGUAUGAGGACUUUAUUUGGGGGUUGUUUCUCAACAAGUAUAUCUUCCCGGGAGCUGAUGCGUCUACGCCGUUGUCUUAUUAUGUGGGAUGCCUUGAGAGCGCUGGGUUUGAGGUCAAAAGUGUCGAUACUGUUGGUGUUCACUAUUCUGGAACAAUUUGGCGAUGGUACCGAAACUGGCUGGGUAACGCUGACAAGGUCAAAGCCAAGUAUGGACUGCGCUGGUUCCGUAUUUGGGAAUUAUUUCUAGCAUACUCUACGAUCGCGUCCCGUCAAGGCUCAGCUACAUGUUUUCAAAUUGUCGUGGUGAAGAACCUCAACUUAACUCAUCGGAUUGAUGGUGUUUGCUCUCAGUAUGGACUUCAUGGUGCUCUUGCGGCAGCGCGGACUGCUGGAAAGGCUAGCCUACCCAAGUCAUGA